CUCGCUGCCACAAGCCCUCCAGGCACCUCGCUCGCUGUUCAAAAUGCGCUUUUCGCUCGCCGCCCUUGCUCUCCCUAUCGCCGUGGCUAGUGCCUUGGACAUCACCGGUCCUUCUGAGUCGGCUUUCUGGGUACAGAACACAAGUAACACGAUCACUUGGACGUUCAGCCAGAACGACCCCAACCCGAUUGACAUUAUCGUCGUGAAUGGAAACAACCAGACGCUGAACGGUCCGUUCGCGAUUGUAUCUUCUGCCAACGUUUCCGCCGAGUCAUUCACUAUCACCAACGUGACCCUGGUCCCUGGAGACGGCUACCAAGUCCAGUUCGUCAACACUACGAACCUGACACAGGUCUUUGCUAGCAGCCCUACCUUCACGGUCAAGCCCCCUGGCAGUGCUCCCGCCCCCACCUCGAGCGCGUCGAGCAGUGCAUCAGCUUCGGGCUCUGCGGCUAGCGCCUCUGCUACCUCGCCUAACGGUUCCAGCACGUCCAGUGCCAGUGCCACCGCCUCUAGUGGCGCGAACGGCGCUGUCAGCCUGACGAGCGGCCAGGGCGUGUUCGGCGUCAUCGCGGCGUGCGGCAUCGCGUCCCUCUCUGCGCUUCUCUUGUAAGAAUGCCGCAGCCGACAGCUCCCGACGAGCCCCCGAUCAUUGCAUCUCGUAUGCUUUCCGCCUCCGGAUCUCCCCUUGUGCAGCACACCUCCUCCUCCCCCCUACUGUGAACAAUGAACCCUGGUACUCCGCGGUGUUUGCCGUUACCACCUUCGUUGACUCGUCCACUCUUUUGGCUCCCUUGUUGUUGUCUUUUUGCUCUUGACGUUUUUCUUCAGGGCUGUAUUCCCCGAUACCAAGCCUCUGGGUGUCCGCCCAUUCAG